GCAGUCCGUGCAGCUAGUUGAGAAGUAUGUUGACUCCAAAGGAAUCAAUCGGGUAAAAGGGUCCCGCUUCCUAAAAGGAAGCCAGGCCUACACCAGGCAGUUCGGCCGGGCUUUGGCAAGGCUGAGGACCAGACACCAGUCCGAAGUGAAAGCAGCAGCUGCAGCUUUCCUGUGCAAAGCCGCUGGCGGGAAGCAACGAACUGGUGGCUUGGUGUCGCCGGCACUCAACAAUGAGGGAAAAGGAGAUACCAAGAAGGGAGACAGGGGAGACAAGACAGGUCGUCAAAAGAAUGAGAAGAAGGAGAAGAAAGAGAAAGAGGAGAAUAAGGAAAGGAAGUCAGCCCUCAGGCGCCCAUCAGGCACACGUGAUGAGAAGGGUGCAAAGGUUCAGGCAAUAGAAGACAAGAAGGAGCCAAAGGAGAAUGUCAAGGAGUCAAAGAAGGAGAGCAAGGAGUCAAGAAAGACGGAUAAGGAGUCAAGAAAGGAUGGUAAGGAGUCGAAGAAGGAUCGAAGAGAGGAGCCGGCGAAGGAUGGAAAGGAGUCGAAAAAACAGAGAAAGGAGUCGAACACAGAGAGAAAGGAGGCGAAGGAAUGCAAGAAGCAGAAGACAGAACCAAAUGCAGAAGCAAAGCCACUUGUGGCCGAGAACUCAAAGACAGAGAAGACCGACAAGAGAGAGAAGAAGGAUGGAAAGAAGGAACAGGAGAAGGAGAAGAAGCAUAAGAAAGAGAAGAAGUCCAAGGAUGAGGAGGCAGGAAAGACAAAGAAGAAAAGAGAGCCAGAAGGAGAUCAGACUGGGGAUGGUCCAGUCAAGAAAAGGAGGGAAGGCGAUGAUGAGAAAGAGGAACCCCAAAAGAACGAAGCACAUCUGGAUGAAGAUCUAGCAGUUGUGGCAGGAGCAGAGAAGAGUUCCUUGAAAGUCCCAGACAUUGAUGAGCUGAUCGCUCAGCUCGAGGCAGAGGAAUUGGUGGAGCAAGAGAAGUUCGAGAAGAUGUUAGAAGACAGUGGGGAGGAGGGCCAGGACGAGGGAGAAGGACAGGAGCAGGGGGAGGAGGAAGAGAAGGAGAUCGAUCAGGAGGUCGCUGUCCCCAGCACCACAGCCCUCGCUUUGAAAAAGUUGGAUGAGAGUGACGAAUCGAUGGAUGAUGAGGCAGCCUCUGACCCAAGCUCCCACGAUUCCUCUGAGGAAUCUUCCCAGUCCAGCCAAGAGACCGUGGAUGAUGAAACCAGCAAUGAUGAUGCUGACACAGCUCCAGCUCCUGCAUCGAGCAAAGGCGACAAGAUCGAUGAGGCAGCUGGGUCGGCCGUGGAUAUCCCUGCCCAAAGGGCCAACAGUCGAACCAACAAGAAAGAGUGGGAUACUUUCAGCAGAGAAGUGUUGAACAAGAAGAAGUUCCCGGUGCGAUUAUCGGAACAUCUCGCACGGGAUAAGGUUGAUUUGUUCAACCUUUGGUUGGCUCACGGCAAGGACCUUCACGAGGUGGCAUUGCAUGUGGAGCGCACUGCCGAAACUGUGAAUCGCACAGCCAGUGGCCGAGAGGGGAUGAAAUUGAGGGAUAUCGAGGCCAAGUACCCACCGGAGAAAGCCAAGAAGUUGGCCACCCUUCUUCGAUCCCGGGGCAUGUGGUAUUGGGAUCCGGAUUUUCCCAAUGACGAAGAGGAGAUAUUCUAUUACACUGGGAAAGCUCGAAGUGUCAGCACGGAGAACCUUACAAAGGAGUCCAUGACCCUCAAGGGAGUUACCAGCCCUGAUGAAACCACACUUGCUGCCCUCACCGGUGAAUCAGGUCCUCUUGCUGCUGGAGCUCUUCCCCAGAUGGAUGUCUCGCAGGCCGAAGGUGACAAGAACACCUGGGAAACUCUGAUGGAAGCCCCGGUGGCCAAGCGCAAGGCCAAGCCGCGCACUACGCAGGAGCCAGCAGUCCCGGUGGAACCCAAGCAAGCGAAGGAUGCAGCAUCUGAAGCCUUGACUCAAGCGGCUAUUGCUCGGAAGCUGUCGCUGAGUUUGAAGGGGGUGGAAUAUUCAGGUGAACUCACCACCCAGCUUAUGGAUUGUUCCAAGAAGUUGGAGCGACUCUAUGAACUCCUUCAGGGCAUCACUGCUGAUGACAUGGAUGAACAGAAGAUCAACAAGUAUUUGCAUGCCACCACUGUCCAAAUUCAAUGGCUUGAGAAGGCGAAGGUGGCUGGCCAAGCUCUGACUCGUGGAUUGAAUGCCAAACCGAGACCCAAGAAUAAGGCCAAGGCCAAAGCGGCACCAGAAAAGGGUUCUGCAGAGCCUGCAAAGAGCCUCUAUCGGGAGAAGACCAAAACCAAGGCGGUGAAGCCACUUGAAUGCACCUGCAAACACAGUUCAAACAGAGAUGGCCAGCCUGUGGAUGCAGUGGCUGCUUUCGCAUCUUUGGGAUCCUUCGGCACAUGUGCGUCGAACCAGGAACGGGAUAUGCACCGGUGGCUUAGAAAUCUUCAUGGUACAAACCUGGACAUGUACUACACCCCCUUUGAGUUAGAAGUGCGUGAUGAAACAGAUACAAAGACCAUGUUGAUCCCUACUCUGUUGCCUCAUGAGAUCUUACAUGCUGUGGCAGCUGCAGGGCAAGAACAGGUAUUUGACAUCAAAUUUCCUUCUGUGAUCUUGGCGUACGAGUCCAUGAAGAGUUAUGAAGUGAGGAAGGGUGUUCACCGCAGGGUUUGCGAACUCUGGGCAUGGUCGUUAUCAUGUGCUGCAGCGGGUGUGUUUCCUACCACAGGGUUGGAUGGAGAGGAGUUUGACCCCAAGUCAUAUCGCUACAAGAUGCGAGGACUACCUCUAGCUCGUGGGGGGGCCUACUUCGCGGCGAGAUAUGACGCAAAGGCCCGUGUCGAGACAAACAAUUUCUUGCGGCAUUAUGGGUGCAGCCUGAUUUGUGAGCAAUGCCUCGCAUCAAAAAUCAGCAAAACAACUGAUGAUCGUAUGUGCUACAAAGAUUUCAGGUUGGAAUCACCGAGGUGGUUGACCCGAAUCAACCAUGACACUUACAUGCGAACUACUCCUCCUAGAGCAAUUUCACCGUGGCACAUCAUACCAGGAUGGUCCCUAGAGUCAUGCCUACACGAUAUCAUGCACGUGGUUUACCUUGGAACAGGGAGAGAUCUUGUUGCGUCAUUGCUGGGUGAUUUUCUUGAGUGCGGCGUGUUGGGGCCACCUCACCUUUCUGUGGAUCACCGGCUUCGGCUGUUCAGCAUUGAAAUGAACAAGUUCUUCAAAUCUGAGAAGAUCAGCGUGCGAAAGCUGCAGUUCACAGCCAAGAACACGGGUCUUGGAACCAACUCAGAAUACCCAGAACUUGGAAGUGCGUGGAAAGCGGCGCAUGUAAAAGUGUUGUUGGGCUACAUGGCAUGCAAAGCUGUUCAGUUCGCGUCCGAAACAGGUGACUCUCGUUUUUUGAGGUUAUAG